AUGGAUGCUGAUCAGAAUAUGGUACUGAUUUUAGGCUAUAUGGAAGUAAAUGAGCUGAACUUCUCUGAUACAGUUGGUGGAUCUGAGGAAGCCUACCAGGCUGCAAACCCCUUAUUCCUUUCAAUGGGCAAAAACACAAUAUACUGUGGGAAAACAGGAAAUGGUUCGGCAGCAAAGAUCUGCAAUAAUUUGGCAAUGGCUGUAAGUAUGCUUGGUGUCUCUGAAGCCCUUGCUCUUGGUCAGUCUCUGGGAAUUGCUGCCAACACUCUGACAAGAGUUUUCAACUCUUCAAGUGCUCGCUGUUGGAGUAGUGAUAGCUACAAUCCAGUUCCUGGAGUGAUGGAAGAAGCACCCUCUUCGAGGAAUUAUGAUGGUGGGUUUGCAUCUAAGCUUAUGGCUAAAGACCUAAAUCUUGCUGCAUCAUCAGCCGAAGACAUUGGUCAAAACUGCCCGUUGACAUCCCAAGCCCUAGAGAUAUAUACAAAGCUUUGCAAGGAUGGCCAUGAAGCCAGGGACUUCUCCUGUGUUUUCCGUCAUUAUUACUCUGGCAAGGAUGAGCAAUAGUUCAACCACUAAAGUUUGCUUGAAAAGAAUCUUAAGUGCUGGAAAACUUUGAGCUUCCUUUUUGUAGCAUCCUACCUUGCUAUUUCACAGGCCUCAUGGUUCAACUCUGUUACGGAUUGUUAAAGUGGUUUGUUUCACAUGAAAAUAAGCUGCGUAAAGCACUAGAAAAUCUCUCUCUCUCUCUCUCUCUCUCUCAAACUGGUUGUAUUAAAACACUUUAUUAUUUAUACUAAUAAUCUACAAAACCUCAAUUGAAUUGAAGUUUAAGAUAAGUU